UGUAUACACGAACAUUUAAAUUUAUUUUUGUAUAAAGGAAGUUGAAUUGUUUAUUGUUAUCUAUGGUGAAUAUCGAUUAUUUGACCUAGACAGGUAAAGCAUGAUUAACUCUGCGCAUAGCUAUAAUAGUUUCCGAACAUGAUGGACAAGGCGGAGAGAAGGCUUUCUGAUUUGACAAGCAAUAUCCUGGGAAGCUGUGCUGUUGCAGUUGACAACACAUGUACAGUUUUCUGAAAAUGGUUACUUUGGAUAAGUAUGGAUUUUCUGGCAUUUUCUUAUUUAUAUUUUAUUUUCGAUCAAGUCACACCUAUGUUAAAAGAUGUCCUGAAAUGGCUGAACUAGUUAUAUUCUCAAAAGUAAAAUGCUACAAUCAUUACGAAUAUCACUGUUUGGCGUUACAUCGCAUUGCGUUUAACAACUACAUAGAGGAAUGCAGAACUCCAGAAUGGGUAUCUUUAGGUAACUAUCCAGUAUUAAGAGGCCGAUACAUCGACUACGAGACUUGUCCGGUUUCCUCUUAUCAACCUUUUUUGUUCAGGUCCAAUGAACGUUAUAAAUGCACAUAUCUAAAGUCAAUGUGUUCAUCAGACGGUCAAGUUGAAGUUAACGAUGGAACAACAACUGGUAACAAAGUUUGUCGCUGUGAUUACAACAGAGGAUUUGCAUUUGUAAUAAGACCGCAAAAUCAAAGUGCAUGUAUUCCAUCACAAGAGGACUGCAGUUGUUACAGUAAACGUUGUGUAGAAGGUCAAAACCUAAAUCCAGAUUAUGAAUGUAAAACUUUAACAGUAUUACUUGGAAACAGUACUUACCAUGUUGUAACAGUGACAGACAAGGAACAUGCAAACCAUAAUGCGUCCUUUGUCGUGACUAAUCUAAACAAUGUUGUCUCUGGAAAAGAAGGACAUAUUAAUGGUUUGGUUGGCUUGAAAUCUUUAAUAGUAUUUGUAGUAUUAUUGGUAUCUGCCUUUUCAUUGGCCUUGAUAACAACCGUUUACCCAGCAACAGCCUCAAAAAAGGACAACGAGCAAGCUUAUUAUAUCAAGGAGACUCAUAACAUCGACAACAAAGGAAACAAAGUUUUUACUGACACUAACAAAGAAACACCUGCGAGGAAGUACAUUGGGCAAUCAAGUUUAGGUAUUGAGACUCCGGCAAUUCGUGAAAUCGACAAACAAAGCAACAAAGGAUACAAAGGUGUUCCUGGUACAGAGAGUUCUGCUGCAUGGAAUAAGGUGUCACAACAUGAUAAAGGUUUGGUUAUAAUUCUACCCUAA